AUGGCUCGCUCAUGUCCAAGUCAAGACAUAGCGAUCCAACACACCAUCGAUUUACCCACACUUUUGUCGGUCAUUCCUUUAGCGUCUAUGAUAGCCCACAUCCUCAAGCUAUACACGCAAGCUGUCAUACUUGCAUGUCGCCUAAGCCUUGGCGACAUAUGUAUUCCGAAUGUCCCACAUAACCAUCUAUGCAUUGCAUGGGGUCGCAACCCAUGCGUACCGGCAUCCGAAUAUCUUCCUUCCAUCUUGGAGAAAGCCGAACCCAAGCCAAGUCCAUCGAGUAUUGUCAAAUGCCUCGCUAGCCGAUGGCAUAGCGAAUGUCAUACAUUGACCUCACUCUUUACAACGAUGCGCAAUACGAACGGCCCCGCGUGUUCGUACUGUCCUUGGGAAUUCCUUUCCCUCGGAGACACAGAUUAUCCUUCAACAAUCUUAUACCCGCCCUUAUGA